AUGUCACGGAAGCAUGUUACAAAGCAGAAUGCUACAGUUAAGGAAAAGCUCGAAAGAGAUAUUUUGAAUUUUUUGGAUGCUCACAAGAAAGAAGCUGAAUCUCGCUACAAUGCCUUAAUCAGUAAAAGUGAGGAGAUCUAUCUAAGGAUUCGUGAAGAUUUUUUGGAGGCUGCCCAUUCUAUAUUGCCACAGGUGAACCAGCUGUUGUUGUUUUCGGACUACUAG